AUGAAGACAGCACAGAGACCACCUCUCACGUGGGGACGCCGGCGGCCGGGCUUUGACCCGCUGCUUCCACUCGGUCCCGAGGAGACGGCCCGCGGAGCACAGGUGUGCGUGUCAUCCGCCGAGGCAGGGUUCUUCCCGGGGAACCCGAGCUGCUCCCCAGGGAGCAACCUUGGAGCAGGCGGGGAGCCCCUCGCCCUGAUUAAAGGUGUGUUUCCUCAAGCGAGUCGCUACCACUACCGACAGGAGCGCCAGGCGGGCCCGGCGGCGCCGGAUCGGGGGGCCUUGGACAGGGAGAGACGGGCGUGCAUGGGGGACUGGGGGAUGGGACAUCCUUGGCUGCGCUGCCCGGGUGAGGCCAAGGCCGGGGAGGGGGGCGGGUCAGCUGGUCGGCUCCGAAAGGCACUGCGGCGGCCUGGCGCCCACCUGGACUCCCGCUCACCCGGCCUCACCGUGCCUUCGCGUUUCAGCCUCAGCAGCCCUUGUGUCUGUGAUGACGUCCAGGCUCUGGGAGGGGAGCCAGAGGCCCUGAUAAUGAAUUUUGACCAGAAGGCGGUGAAAUUCCUGGCAAAUUUUCACAUCAAUGGAGGCAGACACUGGACCCAUGGCUCCCUGAAGCAGAAACCACCUGUGACUUCCCAGCUCAAUGCUGCUGCGGUGUUGUCAGGCCUGGAGCUAGGGCUGGGGGCCGCCUGGGAGGAGACGUGGCCCCCAGCGGUGCAGGAGCUCCAGGUGGGGCUCAGGACGCAAGCCAGCCCCCUCCCGGAGCCCCUCACUUGGAACCUGAGGGAGCUGUUGCUGGAGCAACGCCCGCCUAUCCUGACCGACCUGCAUGUUCCCGGCCCCACCAAGUAUCAGGUGCCAGACGCAUCGCUGCGAGAGUCCUCCCCACACCCCCACUUCAGCAUCGGCCGCAGGCACCCCACCCAUGAGGGCGGUGGCCGCAGGGCGUGGCAGACCGUGUGGUUCCAGAGUGAAAGCCCCUUCACCCAGAAAGCUGACUUCAACCGAGAACAGAAGUGGCCAUCACCUGCCGACUAUCAGCUGCCCAGCCCGCCUGCCUGCCCAGCCUUCAGCUUCAGGGGCCGCCCUGCCUCCAGGCCACCUGAAGCCCGAGCCCGCCAGGGGGUGCUGCAGGGCUGGGGCGCAGGGCCCGGGACCCAGCCCCUCCUGCAGGCCCCUCCGCCCACAGGGGAAGAGACGGGCCCUGGCCCCAGCACCUACAACAUCCUUCCGGGCUGCCGUCUGAAGGGCCCGUGCCCACCCGCCUUCUCCAUGGGCCGCUCGCCCCUGCUGGCCUCCUGGCUGGGCUCCUCCUGCACCCCAGGCCCGGCCGCCUACGACGUGGAGGACUGCUACAGCUCACGGUUCCCCUCGGCACCUGGGGUGGUCAUCCAAGGCGUGCGGAGGCCCAAGCGCCACGAUACUGGCCCCUUCUGUGCGCUCUAG